AGGGAGAACAAGGACGAAGCAUACGUGGAUUUUCUGUUCUUCGCCCAUAAAGAGGACGCCGAGAAAACGCGCCGAAGGAGAGUUACGCGGAGACAGGCGCGGCUUCGCGCAACGCCUUUCUUCUCUCUGGCGUCGAGCGCGACAGGACAUCCCUUCUGUCACAAGACAUCGACGAAAAAAAAACGGAGGCGCUUCCAAGUGGAGGCGAAGAGAGUUCCCCUCGUUCGCGUUCUCUUCACCGGAACAUUUCCUUGUUUCGACUCGUCCCUGUCUUUUUUCUUCAGCAGCUGCCUUCUCGGCGCCGAGGAAAGCUCUCUCUGUCCCUCCUCGUCUCCCGCUCUCUGUCGCCUGCCUCCAGUUUUUCGGCGAACGGCUUCGGGAGUUGCUGCUGCUGCGGCUCGACUUUGUCAGGACCUCCGAAAACGCGGCCUUCGCGGCGAGUAUGUCCCUGCCUGCGAGCAGUCCAACACGGGAGACAGCGACGCAAAGAAAAGGACGCAAAGAAAAGGACGCGAAGAAAAGGAGGACAGCGAAAAGGGCAAAGAGGAGCAGAGAAGAAGGAGAGAACCUCUCGGCUGAGGUGUGUAGACCUCAAAAAGGUUCCGCUCGCAGCUGUCUCGCUGUCUCCGCGAGAAGAAGCACGAUGAGAAGAGUCGUCUUUCCAGAGAAAAGCGGACGACAGGCAGCGCAAAGUUGCGCGCUGCGAGUCGGGAAACCUUUUCCUUCUUUUUCAUCCGAACGAGCUCCUAGAGAGAAGCAGACAUUUGCCAGUUGCAGUGCGUCAUCUGUCUGCUUCCUUCCCUGCAAAAAUUUCGCUUCCCGACACACUCACUUUGUUUUACGCCGAUGACGUCCUCCUCUCCCCGUUGCCAGCUGCUCUCGCCUCUUCUCUUCUGCCUCUCUCGCCGCUCUCGCCUGUCUUGCCUGUCUCAGCUUGUCGACGAGAACCUCCAAAUUUCGUUCUUCCCCCUUCGUCUCUUUCCUCUCUUGACUGCCACCCGCCCUCGCGCAUGCAGCGUCGAAUCUUGCCUUGCUGUCAAGACUUUUCUCACCUUCAGAGGCCUUUCUUCGGCAAAAAUCCUAUCACGGCAACUCCUUAAAAAGAGAUAACGACGCAAAAGUCAAACAUGCGUUUGUGUCGCUUGUGCUUGUGUCUCUGCAUUCAAGGAUCUGAGCUCCGAUUUAAAUCCAAAGACGCGUCCGCGCAUACGUUUUUUUCGGAAAGACUUGCAUCUGCGGGUCUCGACCGCCUCGCCUUGCUCGUAUUUCUCCUCCGUUUCGCCCAAGUGGACACCGCUGUCUUCGCUUCUUUGCCUUCUGCGCUUGUCCUUCCUGUCCGGAUUUCUCUCGCUGCCUCUCCUCUCUCCUCUGUCUCUCUCCUUCUCCGUCUUUCCUCCUCCAUCUUUCUCUCGUGUGUGCUUCCUCUCUUUUCCUGUUUCUGUCGCGCAGUUUCCGCGCUUGUUGAUUUGCAUGCCGUCACCGCUUAGGCUGUUUGUCCUCUCCAGAAAAGAGUCCGAAGCGUCUGUGGCUCAGCAGCGAUGAAUGCGUCGGUCCUGCGCUCCACCCGCGAGUCUCCACGCCUCUCGGGGCCUCCCAACAGUUAAACUGCGAAUCUCGCUACAUACACAGUUCUAAGUGCCUAGGCGUCCGUAUCCUACAUCCGUUUAUAUAUAUAUAUAUAUAUAUUUGCACCUGAACAUACAUAUACAUAUAUAUAUAUAUAUAAGGCUCUAUAUGAGCAUAUGCAUCGACAUGUCUCAUUCGGCGACCAUGUGCGUAAGUUUCUGGAGUGGAAGCGCUGUUUUUUUGACUUCUAGAAGAGGCGCGCAGCGCUCUCUGCAUUCUUUCCGCGUCGGCGUCCAUCCUUAGCGCGUUUUGCAGCAAUGGAGGAAGACGCGUCUUUUCGGCGAAGCAAUUCUCGAAGCUCUCAUCCUUCUCCACACUCGCCUCCGUCUGGUCCACGAGGCCGACGCGCAGAGAGACAGAUUUUCGUUCCUCGCUGUCUCCGUUCUCCGCCGGGCGACCUUGAGCUGCCUGCUUCCUCGCUCGCUUCUUCCUUCUCUUCUGGGAGAGGUCUCGACGCGACGGAGGCGGGAGUUCGACAUGUGGAAGAGCCGCUCGACUUCCUCGAGGCGGCGGCGAGGAGCAAAGCAGCGAAGCGCAGCAUGCAGGGGGACCGGCUGCGGUGCGGCCCCCGCGACCGCACGAUGCAUGCGGACUGCGUGGAAGAAGAAGAGGCCUCGCGGCGCCAGCAGUGGGAGGUAGAACUGUCGCGUCGGCUCCAAGGUCGCGCGAACGUCGCGCCUGCGCAGACACCCUUCAUCCGCCUCGAGCAGGCGCAGCGACUGUAUCACCUCUUUGCGAGCGACAGGCCGCAGAAGUCGCGAGCAGAAGACGCGGGAGGCGGAGACGGCGGAGUCGAGACGCGCGAAGGACUGGCAGAGAGCGAGGAGGAGGAAAGCGAGGAGGAGGAAAGCGAGGACCGAGAGAGUGACACAUCCUCUUCGAGUCUCUCUCUGUCGACGCAGGGUGACGAGGAGCGCGCGGCAGAGGCGGUCCGACGCAUCCAGCAAGGGGAGCGAAAUGGAGAGGAGAAGAAGAAGAGGAAGAACGCGAGAAGAGAAACGAAAGAAAGGCGACAGCCACCCUGUCCGAGAGGGAAGCGUGGAGGAGCCUCGCCCUCGCAGGAGGAGCAAGGAGAAAGAAGAACUGUCGAGAGAGGACAGAGAGCGAGAAGGUCUGCGCGAGAUGCACUGAGUGCCGAGUCCCGAGACGAACUGUUCUUCGCACAAGACCCGGUCAGAGAGGCCGUGACGAGAAUCCUCGCUCACGCAGGAACCGUCGGCGCUCGCGCCAGUCUCAACAAGCUAUGGCAAGGACACCAUCAGCAAGGGAUCAAGCAGCUGCAAGUCUUGCUGCGCGAGCAGGAGGGCAACGUCAAGAGAGAAGAAGACCGCAGAAUGGGACUCCUCAGCUCUCUGGCCGCGGCACCACACCACACGAGAGAGGGACUUCUCGCAGCUGCAGAACGCGCCGUCGAGGAAGCCAGGCGAGUUCAGGUCGAACUCGAGACUGAGCUCCUCCAGGCUGUCGACGACGCCACUGCGGUGUACAGACACCUGCGCGAGGCUGUCGAAGCCGCGGUCUCUGGGGACCGCGCCAAGAGGCCGCUCAGGCUCGGGGACGCAGCUCCUGGUCGAGACAAAGAUCAAGCAGGAGACAGCGAAGAGAGAGAGGAGAGAGAAGAAGAGGAAGGGAGGGCGAACGAAGCGCGCGAAGAGAGAGGAAAACGAGAAGAGACAAAAGAGGCAGGAACAAGAGGAGGGUGGAACGCGAAUGAAGGAAGAAAAGGCGUUGAGAAGGAAGGAGACGAAGAGGAAAGAAAAGGGGACGCAGAGAGACAACGAAGAAAGUGUAGACAGCAUCUUCUUGCCCUGCUCUGUAGCAUCUUGGGAGAUCUACAGAGAUACCGAGAGCAGCUGGACCCUCCUGUGGUUGGUUCGUUCUGCGCGGCCUCGCAAGGCGGUUUCCUCGGCGCAUUGGCGCCUGCCGAGUUUCCUCUUUUCUCCUUGUCGCGAAGCGAUUUCCGAGGAGGCGAAGCGGCUCCGCUGGCCAGCGUCUACCGACAGCUCGCGGGGAGCUGUCUCUCGCCUUCCCUGCGCGCGGCCUUCCUCUGCUACGUUGAGGGCGUCCACCUCUUUCCCCACGAUGGACUCGUCUUCAACCAACUGGCUACUCUCUGCUGCAAGCUGCAACAUCAUGCGCAGCGGCGGAGUGCAGCGACGCCUGGGGCAGACGCCGGAUGUCCGCGCAGGACGAGGUUCGCGGGAGGCGCAGAUGACCUGGACGACAGCUGCGCCGUGACCAUGCAGGCGCUCGCUGCCGUCUACUGGUGCCUGCGGGGGCAGCUGUGCGCCUUUCCCCUCCGAUCGACCGACUCCCUCACCCUGCUCCUGCAGCGUCUCUCUGCCCAAGACGACAGCCGCGUUCAACAGCUCUGCUCCGGCAGUGCAGGCGGAGCGGCCCCGAGCGAGGUGUCUGUACACCCGAGCGAGGUGUCUGUACACGCGGGAGUGUGGGCCGCAAAGGCGCAGGUUCGCGAGCACAGGAAGGCGGCGUUGGCGCUGACGAGGAAUCCGUUGGCGGUGUUUGUGUCUCUCUACUUUCGCUUGCUCCAUCGUUUGCAAAGUCGGAUUGACCUCUCGCAGUUCCACGUCCACGCCUCCGAGUGUCUCUCCGCGCUGCGCCACCUCCAGGGUGUAUGGACACCCCACGCGCCGCAGCAUGAGGCCUUCUGGCUGCUGGUUGUGCUGACACCGUUGCUCAUGGCGCUCGGCUCGGCUGGCGGCUGUCUCUGCAUGCAAGCGCAGGUCGCUGCGGCGCUCGCGGAGAAGCGGGACGCCGCGCUGUCUCGCCGAAUCGCAGAACGGGGAUCAAGGAGAGACAAGGAAGCGAGCGCCGGGAGAGGAGAUGCAGCGACGGCCGAGCAGCGAGAGGAUGCGAACGCCUCGGCGACGGUCCGCAUGUACGCGGCUGUUCCAACUUCACUCCGGCGCGUCGCGGGAUUAGAACGGGCAGUCGAGAAACUCUUGAAGGUCCGCGAGAGGCGCGCGAACUCUCGACAGAGACAGGAAGCUGAACGCGGCAAGCAAGCCGAGGCAGACUCCCAGAGAGCAGGAAACAGUGAAGACAGAGAAGAAGGAGAACGCCAGAAAGAAGAAGGAGAGCGCCAGAAAGAAGAAGGAGGGGGCAAGAAGCAAGGCAGCGAAGGAGAGGAAGAAGCCAGCGAAGGCGCGGAAGAAGACGAAGCCGCCGCGACGCUGCGGCUGUCUGUUCAACUGUGUUGUGACAUUGCGACGUCUCUUACGCGUCAGGCGAUUUCUUUAAUUCGCAGAGUGAAAGCGAAGAAACGCGACAAUCCCUCACAGGCCCCCGAAAGUUGCCAGCCUGCGAUGGUUUCCCCAGUGCUCUCGACAGCGCAGGGGAGAACCUCAGGAGGACGCGGAGACGCUGGAGCCGAAGCACGCGCUAUGCCGUCAACUGAGAGCGCGUUCGCGAGCAGCAGCCAUUCUCUUGACACCCAGGACGCGGAUCCCUCGACUCAGUUGUCUACUCUCCUCGCCCCCAUCUGCACCUGCAUCUUCUUUCUGCGCUCCCAUCCUCGUCUGUUUUUUUCUGAUGCUUUUGCGAGUGUGACUUCUCUGCGACAGCAAGUGGCGACGGCGGCAGUAUUGCUUUUUCCUCCAAUUCUCGACGAGGCAAAGGCGACUCAGCGCGAGACGUCGAUCCUCGGUCUUCUUCGCCACCAGCUGCCAGAGGACUUCCUUCUUUUUGGUCUCGUGGACCAGCCUCUCUGCUUUCCGCCUGAGUCGCCCUAUGCGUCGAGCUCCUCUGCGUCUUCCUCUCCUUCUUCUUCGUCUGCUUCCCUUGCGGCGUCCGCUUCUCCUCAGGAAUGCGGAGGAGACAAGGAGCCUGGACCAGAGGACGAGAGGAGCGAAGAGCCGAAGGCGGAUGGAAAGCGAGAAGAGAGACAUUUGUGCAGAGAAGAUGAUGAGGGGAGUGGCGAGGAGGUAGUGCUCCUAGAUAAGCCGAUCCUCCUAAUCCCCUCUGGAGCCCAGCGCGGCGAACCACGGAACUUAGCCAGCUCUGCGCCUUCUUCUUCCGCUUCCUCUUCCUCUUCCUCUUGGUCUGCUGUAUUCGAGAGGAGCGAGACGACAGCGAGUGUGGAGACGGCAGGGGAGGUUGAGGGGGAGACGGCGGGGGGGACGCAUGAGUCUUUGCUUGCAGCAGCUUCUCGUCGAAAGCCUCUGUUCCCUUCUCCGUCGGUUUCCUGCACUGUCGAGACCGCCGACGUUUCUGCCUUCUUUCAGAUUCGCUGCGCGCGGCUCUGGACGCUCUGUGUCGAUACACCUGAGUUUCAAAACUUGUACCAGUACGCCCACCAGGUGUCUCUCCAGCAUCGCGACAAACUGUUUCUCCUUCACCUCGAGAAGACGCGCGAGCGCCAGCGCAGGCAGCGGCUGCUGGAGCGCGUGGACGGAAGAGAGGCAGAGGAACAGGCAGACGAAGGAGGCGAGGACCAACCACCUGGAGCAGAGGAGGAAGCGAGCGGAGACGAUUCAGGCGACAGAGGCGGCUUGGCGGCGGAGAAGGCAAGCGACGAACGUUCGGCUCCAGGGCGAAUCACAACGGCAGAUCUUCUCGCGCAAGUGAAUCGGUCGCGGAUACUAAGAACAAGUCGAGUCGUCUCCGUCCAGCAGAUCGAAGACAGAGACAGAGAAGGAGCAGCGGUAGCCGCGCCGCUCCUCCAGGGCGAGGAAGGUCGGAGGCGACAAGAAGACGAAGUGGAGAAGCGCAGAGAGGGAGAAGAACCACAGUCCGAGAAGGACGUUUCUUGCGACUUCUCGCCUGGCGACUGGGUUGAGGCAUUUGCCAACGCCCCCCAAGAGGAGCCAUUUCUCCCCCAUUUCUUGGCGGGGAGACAGAAUCGGCGCCGCCGCCUGACGAAAGCGAAAAAAACAGACCUGUCAGAGCCGUCGGACGAAGAAGGAGCUUCUCUCGCCGCAGCCCCGUCGCCUCACGCGUCUCCACAGUCGCCAGGUGUCUCUGCAGCGUCGCCAGGUGUCUCUGCAGCGUCGCCGUUCUCUGCACCCUCCCCGCCGGCUUUUGCCCGCCACCUGGUCGACCAAGAGCUGCAGCGCCAGGCUGAGGAAGCUGCAGUGGAAAGCGGCCUCUUGUCUCCGCCGGCGGGAGGCGUCGUCUCUGGCUCAACUUGUGGGGAGUCUCCCAGCGCUUCCUCGCGGCCUGCCAAAGGGAUGUUGCUCCUCACCGCGCUGCCUCCAGGCGCGCGAGGGAGUGCGAAGCGCGAAGGGCUCGCCUGCCGUGUGAAGGGGGAGGGCGCUGCGCGACUCGAAGAGACGCGGCGAGGAGACACAGCGGGGAGAGCGCGGCCUGUCGAAGGUCGCGCAGGAGGCCGAUGCCGACUUCCCCUGCCUCCAGGAGAUUCCGAAGAAGACUGGCCGCUGUUUACCCGAGACACGGAGGAAGAACCGGAGAAGGCGACGGAGCGAGAAGGAGAGCGAGGAGAGGAGUCGGAGCGGAUGACGGUGGUGGCGUCGCCUCCAAACACUAGCGGAGACAGCAGACCGGAAGGCGGAAGCGGAGGAGGCUCUGGAGACAUGAAGCCGUUGACGUUUGCUCGGAAACGAGAAAAAGAGAAGGAGGCCGACAAGGACCGUGGGGUCUGCCCGGCGUUUCUCGCAGCAUCGCCGACAGAAGGACGAGGCAAGUUGAUUGUGAUCGAUGGCAGCAACGUAGCAAUGCGCCAUGGCGGCGGCAGAACUGCAGGACUGACGAAGGCGUUCUCCACCAAGGGGAUCGAACAAGCCGUGAAGCACUACACCGCUCGCGGCUACACAGUCCGGGUGUUUCUCCCCGACUACGUCUUGAACUACGCGAGUGUGGGCGAGGCCAAGCGCAUGCAGAAAAUGACUUUUCCUCUCAAGGCGCAACUCGCGACGCGAAUUCCAGACUCCCUCGAGGCUCUGCGCGACCUCAUGCGCGCUGGGCUCGUUGUCAACACACCGUCGCAAGACUACGAUGACUCUUACGCCAUCAUGUACGCGAUGAAGCACGGCGGCUGCAUUGUGACCAACGACCUUUACCGAGAUUUUAUAACAAAGAGCGAGAAUCCUCAUUCGAUUCGCAGAUGGAUGAGACUUCACUUGAUUUCCUUCGUCUUCAUCGAAGACGAAUUCAUCCCAAAUCCCGACUUCAGGUGGCCAACGUUCUCUCCGCAGGUUCCGGAAACCUCCUAGGCGGCGUUCGACGACGAACAUGUGCAGUUUAGGUUUUCAGUGAAAUGUAUUUUCUGCGACAGGCGUCCGUCUGCAGUUCCUUUCUUUGUCUCUGCUCGCCUCCGUCGGGCGUCGCUCUCUUCUCUCUCUGCUGGCGCUUUUCUCUCGUUGUCACACUGAGGCUGUCGCGCGUAGUAUAGACGCACUGUGCCUCAGACAGCGACUGCUGUGUCUGCUCGACGCCUGCUCAAAAACAAGACGAAAUGGCGCUGCGCAGUGCGUACGAGCCUCCGUUUUCUCGAGAGGGUGGUGCGACGAGGUGGACGGCUCGGACAGAGACCUUGGUUUUUCAAGUCUGGGUCCCUGUGCAGCUGGAGAAGCAGAGCGAAAGCGAGGAGAGGAAGCUGAGGACGGAAGAAUCGAGAAGGCAAGAGAGAAGAAGAAGAAGAAGACGGGGCUAGGAAGGUUGAGGUGUAUACGAAAAAAAAAGAGAGAAGGCGAGUGAGAAGAAGGUUGAUGCGUCGUUGUCGGUGCCAUUUCGGCGCAGGCGCGAGGCGCCACCAAGGUGUCAGGCGUUCUGUGAAACCGACAGACAGCGACGCCGGAGAGGAAUGAAGAGUUGUUUUUGAGCAACGCGGAAGAGGGUGCAAGCGCUGGAGAGCACGAAGAGAAGCCUCUGCUCUUUUUCGCUCUGCGAGGUGAAGAUGAAACAAGGAGUCUGUCUAAAGAUGUUGAGAGGCAAGCGAAAACCGAACGCGUGACCCAGAUGGAAAGCGACUGCGAAGACAACUGAAAAAAGGGAGGACGAAGACGCCGAACGCACAAGCUCAGCGCGCGCGGAAGGACGCGCAGGGCGCUUUAGGCCAUUCGUUGUGCAAGCAAAGCGGAGGUCGGAACUUCCAGUUGAAUGCUCUUGUCGCAGUACACUCGAGAGUCUCGUCGUCCGGGAGACGUGCAAAGUCCUCGAGUCUUCUCACUCUGUGCCGACCCAGCAGGCUGUUCUGGGAUGUGCGUUCUGAAUUUGAGACUUCCACCGCUUACAAAACGCGUUCUCUAGCUCUAGGCAAGAGACCAUCCAAACAGCGCUUCUGUUUUUGGUGCACACA